UAGACAUUACCGGAUGUUUAUACCUGCUGAUUUUCAAAGUGUGCUGAUGCUGGGGAUUUUUUUUUAAAAUGACUGAUUUAGCUGACAAUUACUCAGACAAGGCGAGCAAUAAUGAAUUGCUUGAAAAGGCAAAAAAUGAAUUCAAUCGAGAAAAAAGACUCAUGAUCAAAAACUUGCCUUCCAAUACGUUGGAGAAGGAUAUUCGUGCAUUUAUGGGCUUCAAUGGAGAGUUUCCCGUGGAGUCUGUACAGAUGGUCAAAAAUUUUAACCAAGCUAUAGUAACAUUAAAGGAUCCGUCCCUGGUAGAUGAGGCCAUUUCUAAGUUGGAUAGUACAAAGCUGGAUACCCUGACAGUGUCUGUGUCCGUGUAUAGGAGUGAGAAGAUUUUAUGUAUAGCACAGUUACCGUUGUCUAUGACAGAAUAUAAGUUCCGGGAACUGGUUACGGAACAUGGAAAUAUUGAUAUGUGCUUUCUUAUGAGAUCAGAGGAGACAGGAGAAAGUAAAGGGUAUGGUUUUGUUGAGUUCAAUGAGCCGAUAGAGAAAGUGGGUAAAAUAAAAUGUUCCCUAGACUGGUCUAACGUUGAUGAUCAGACAGUACAUUGUGAUGCUAUAGUAGACAGUUCACAGUCUGGAAUCACAUUCCAGGAUUUGCAUUCAAAGUGUCUGAUAAUAGACAACCUACCAAAAGACUACUGUGAUUCUAUUGCAUUGAGACAGGUAUUCAGUGAGUUUGUGAAACCUGUGUAUUGUCAGAUAGUAACGAAGGAGGGAGAGUCCCUUGGAUUUGGUAUCCUGGAAUACGAGAGUGCUGAUGAUGCUGAAAGAUCGUUCAAUCAGUUUAAUAAACACAAAAUUAACGAUGUCCCGAUGAAUAUCUCAUAUUGUAUACCAGGGAAAUCUGCUAUACAUAUGUUUAACAGAAUUAUGUUUAAAUAUGGUGACAAAGUACAUAUAAACAGAGCCAGCCUUCUACCAGACCCGGUCUAUCCUAAUCCUGCUUUUCUUAAACAUGUCUUCUUUAAAACCCAUGUUGCCAAACAUCCCAGAUUACUGGUCCAGUUUACAGAUAAUUUGUUACAUUUACAAGAAGGCUAUGUUAAACAGCUUGAGGAUAGAACCAAUGCUAAACCAGGUAUUUUAGGACCAGCUCCAACCAUUCCAAUGUCACCGUUGAUGGAUAUCAACCUUCAGUUAGGUCUUCUAUCUGUGAUAGUACUUGAUAUGAGAGAAAAAGGCACUUAUAAUGGAGAGGUACCAGAGCCUCUUGGGAAAGUCAAGAUUCCUACAGAUGAAGAAUUUCAGGAGAAACCACAGCCCGUAUCUCUGCUAGGUGACCCAAUGACAGCCCAGGCAAACAUCAUACUGAAGAAUCUACUGAUGCCCCAGGAUAAGUCAGAAUUUCACAGAUCAGUAACUGACGUAGAUGCUCCUAAACUACUUGAGAAAUCUGUAUAUGAAUUGAACAUGGUCUAUUUAUGCAGUCUUGGUAGACUCAUGGCAAUGUUGUCAGAAAAGACUCAAUCCAGGGGAAUUUUAGGUCGGCUGCCGAAGUUUGCCUUAGAGAAACCAGGAUUAACGAGCGCUUCAGUCUCCAGCAAAGGGAACCAGCAUAUAUAA